AUGCACCUUCUCCUUCAUACUCAGUCAUUCCUGCAUUCAUUAAUUCACCAGGCACCCAGUCCAUGUCCAGCAGUAUACUGGGGAUCCCAAGUGGACACUGCUAUGGAAGCCAGCUUGGGCGCUGCUGGCCACAGGCCCCACACAGAGCUUGAUGAUGAGGACUACUACCCUCAGGGCGGCUGGGACACAGCAUUCCUUGUGGCCCUGCUGCUCCUGGGGCUGCCAGCUAAUGGGCUGAUGGCAUGGCUGGCUGGCUCACAAGCCCGGCAUGGGGCGGGCACAAGGCUGGCCCUGCUUCUUCUCAGCCUAGCUCUCUCCGACUUUUUGUUCCUGGUGGCAGCGUCCUUUCAGAUCUUGGAGAUCCAGCAUGGAGGGCACUGGCCGCUGGGGACAGCUGCCUGCCGCUUCUACUACUUCCUGUGGGGUGUGUCCUACUCCUCUGGCCUCUUCCUGUUGGCAGCUCUCAGCCUGGACCGCUGCCUGCUGGCACUGUGCCCACGCUCUUACCCUGGGCGCCGCCCAGCCCGCCUACCCCUCUGGGUCUGUGCAGGGGUCUGGGUGCUGGCCACGCUCUUCAGUGUGCCAUGGCUGGUCUUCCCCGAGGCCAUCACCUGGUGGUAUGACCUGGUCAUUUGCCUGGACUUCUGGGACAGUGAGGAGCUGCCCCUGCGAAUGCUCGAGAUCCUGGGUGGCUUCCUGCCAUUCCUCCUAUUGUUCAUCUGCCAUGUGCUCACCCAGGCUGCAGCUUGCCGGAUCUGUUGCCGCCACCAGCCUCAGCCCUCAGCCUGCUAUGGCUUCGCUCGUGUGGCUAAGACCAUUUUGUCAGCCUAUGUGGUCCUGCGACUGCCUUACCAGCUGGCACAGCUGCUCUACCUGGCCUUCCUGUGGGACAUCUACCCUGGCUACCUGCUCUGGGAGGCCCUUGUCUACUCUGACUACCUGAUCUUACUCAACAGCUGCCUGAGCCCCUUCCUCUGCCUAAUGGCCAGUGCUGACCUUCGUGCCCUACUGCGCACCAUGCUUUCCUCCUUCUCUGCAGCUCUCUGUGAGGAGCAGCCAGGCAGUCUCUCACCAGCUGAGCCACAAACACAGGUGGCCUCUGAGAGCCCAACUCUAACAGCGGAGGUGCUGCCACCAUUGGAUGCCGUGGCCCAGCCUCAAGUGAACCCCACGGCCCAGCCACCACUGGAUCCCAUGGCCCAGCCUCAGGUGAACCCCACGGCCCAGCCACCAUUGGAUGCCGUGGCCCAGCCUCAGGUGAACCCCACGGCCCAGCCACCAUUGGAUGCCGUGGCCCAGCCUCAGGUGAACCCCACGGCCCAGCCACCAUUGGAUGCCGUGGCCCAGCCUCAGGUGAACCCCACGGCCCAGCCACCAUUGGAUGCCGUGGCCCAGCCUCAGGUGAACCCCACAGCCCAGCCACAGUUGGAUGAUAUGGUCCAGCGACAGUUCAGUGCUGAGGCCCAGUCCCAAGGGCCCUCCAAGCCCUGUGAGGAAGUUUCUUUUAGCCCAUCCUUAGAUCCUACCCCUGAGGUCCCUGAGAGCUCAGCCAAGCCAGCAAUCCCCAAGGGAGAAAGCCCUGGAAGUGCCCCACCAGUGGAGGCCCCCAGUUCAGGCCCCACGUGA